AUGUUGAGAUCCAUUACUCGAUCAGUGCUCUCUAAGAGCCAAAGACCGGCAUUACUAAGGCCGAGAUGUUAUGCUACUGCGAAAGUCGCAUUUGACCUCCCGCUAGAAACUCACACCGAUCUACAGAAGGCGCACCAAGACCUCGCCGAUGCCAGAGCUAAUUCAUCAGAGGUUGUAGAGUCCGGUACCACUGCACUCAAACAUGCUUACCAAGAAAAUACUGGCUUCGGGACGAGGCCGAUAUAUUUGGAUAUGCAGGCGACGACGCCCACUGAUCCUCGUGUACUCGACACUAUGCUCAAGUUUUACACAGGUCUGUACGGUAAUCCACACUCGAACACCCACAGCUAUGGGUGGGAAACCAAUAAGGAAGUGGAGUCUGCCAGAAAGCAUAUAGCCGAUAUGAUAAACGCAGACGUCAAGGAAAUUAUCUUCACGUCUGGAGCUACAGAGUCCAACAACACAGCUUUAAAGGGCGUGGCAAGAUUUUACAAAAAGACUAAGAAGCACAUAAUCACGACCAGAACGGAACACAAAUGCGUUUUGGAAGCUGCCAGGGCCAUGAAAAACGAGGGUUAUGAAGUGACCUUUCUCAAUGUCAGCGAGGAUGGGCUCGUCGACCUAAAAGAGCUAGAGGCAGCGAUUAGAUCCGACACCUGUCUUGUCUCAAUCAUGGCUGUCAACAACGAAAUCGGAGUGAUGCAGCCUAUCAAGGAAAUCGGUGCACUUUGUAAGAAGAAUAAAGUAUUUUUCCACACAGAUGCCGCUCAGGCCUACGGAAAAAUUCCUUUGGAUGUUAACGAAAUGAACAUCGAUCUGAUGUCAAUAUCGUCACACAAAAUCUACGGUCCCAAGGGCAUGGGUGCUAUCUAUGUGAGAAGAAGACCUCGCGUGAGAUUGGAACCUAUCAUUUCUGGUGGUGGUCAAGAGAGAGGGUUAAGGUCGGGCACUUUGGCACCUUCUUUAGUAGCUGGAUUUGGCGAAGCUGCAAGACUAAUGAAGCAGGAAUUCGACGCGGAUUCUGUGCAUGUCAAGAGGCUAUCGGAAAAAUUGACCAAUGGCCUUCUAGCAAUUGAACACACGUCCUUAAAUGGAUCCCCAGAUCACCGUUAUCCUGGUUGCGUGAACAUUUCCUUUGCGUACGUCGAGGGUGAAUCUUUGUUGAUGGCGCUAAGAGAUAUUGCGUUGAGCUCAGGGUCCGCCUGUACUUCCGCCUCCCUUGAACCUUCUUAUGUUCUCCAUGCGCUGGGUAAAGAUGACGCUUUAGCUCACUCGUCGAUCAGAUUUGGUAUCGGUAGAUUCACAACCGACGAAGAGAUCGAUUAUGUGAUCAAAGCUAUCACUGAAAGGGUAGAGUUCCUUAGAGAGCUGUCGCCGCUAUGGGAAAUGGUUAAGGAAGGUAUUGAUAUAAACUCGAUCGAGUGGUCUGGUCAUUAA